CUCAAUCAGGAAGUGGAGAAAACAACUACGAAGAAUAAGUUGGAUAAAAUUCUUCAUUCCGACUCGUCCGGUCAGACUCUUCGCUCACAACCGGUCGGUGCGCUCGUGGUUCGGAUUGAGAAAAAGUAACGCUUGGAAGCUCACUCUCUGGGGUCCGAUAGAAUCCUGAAGGACGUGUACCAAAGGUCAUGGAGAUUAUUUGCCCCAAUUGAAAGUGCUAUCUCAUACUCAGCCAGCACGUGAGUGGCGGUCGGAGAGUGCACAGUCUAAGUCAGCUGGUGGUCAUGUGUGAAGCUGCGUUCUGAUGCCCACCCUCCACUCAGCGUUGGCCAUGGACGGGGAGAACUACCUGCAUCCAGAAGGCCCUCAGCUGGACAGCAGCAUGUUCUCUGUGGCUCCCUCAAACAUGGAGAACUCAGUAUAUGCCUCUUCUGGUUCCUGGGGAUCCUUCGCUCAGCAGCCUGGAUACAGCAUACACUGCCCUAUGCAAUCUGGAAACCAGCAAUACCACUUGAACAACAGCACUACAGCCACCACUCCAGAUGUGCAAAUGGACAUGUACACAGGAUUCCCUGACAUGGACUUUUCCAGCCUCACCCUUCCCAGGAAUGGUGAUUUCCCCCAGGAUCUGUCCUGCAUUGAUGAGCUCUCUACGAACUCUCUGUUCUCCUCUCCGGCUGACUCAUUGUCGGAGUAUGCUGAUGCCCAGCCCUUCAUCACCACAAAUAACCUGGACACAGUGCCCACUCUCUGGGAUGUCAACACUAGUACCACCACCACACCAGCACAGAGCCAGUUACAGCAGAAUGGCAGCAGCAGGUUUCAAGGCUUGGCCAGUUUGGAUGAUAUAACUGCUAUUAUCAGCACCCCACCUUUAGGAGGAUUCCAGGCUCAGAGAACCCAAUCACCCCCAGAGGAGGAAGAGGAGGCUGAGGAAGAGGAGACAGAGGAACUGGGACAUGUGGACACAUAUGCCGAGUACAGACCUUCCAAAUCCACUAUAGGAAUUAAUCAUCCUGACAUAGUGGUGGAGACGAACACGCUAUCCAGUGUUCCUCCUCCUGACAUCACAUAUACUCUUUCCAUCCCCGAGUCAACCAUCAACAGUGGACUGCUGUCUGCUCUGCAGCUAGAGGCUAUCAUCUACGCCUGCCAGCAACAUGAAGUAAUCCUUCAAAACAACCAGAGGGCAGGCUUCCUGAUCGGCGAUGGAGCAGGCGUCGGAAAGGGGCGCACCGUGGCAGGAAUCAUCCUGGAGAACUACCUUAAGGGAAGAAAGAAAUCCCUAUGGUUCAGCAUAUCCAAUGACCUGAAAUUUGAUGCAGAGAGAGAUCUCAAAGACAUAGAUGCUCCUAAUAUUCCUGUGCAUGCCUUAAACAAGAUAAAGUAUGGAGACACAGCUACCUCAGAAGGAGUCCUGUUUGCAACGUACUCUGCGCUGAUUGGAGAGAGCCAGGCAGGAGGGCAGCACCGGACGAGAAUCAAGCAGAUCCUGGACUGGUGCAAGCCAGAUUUCGAUGGAGUUAUUAUUUUUGAUGAAUGCCACAAAGCCAAGAAUGCCACAUCUACAAAGAUGGGCAAGGCAGUGCUCGAUCUGCAAAACAAGCUGCCACGGGCGAGGGUUGUUUAUGCCAGUGCCACAGGUGCCUCUGAGCCAAAGAACAUGAUCUAUAUGAGCCGCCUGGGAAUCUGGGGUGAGGGCACGCCUUUCAGAGCCUUUGAUGACUUCCUGCACGCCAUUGAGAAAAGAGGUGUCGGGGCCAUGGAGAUCGUUGCCAUGGACAUGAAAGUGAGCGGGAUGUACAUCGCCCGGCAGCUGAGCUUCUCAGGGGUGUCUUUCCGCAUCGAGGAGAUUGGACUAGACAGUGACUUCAAACUGGUCUACAACAAAGCAGCCACACUGUGGGCGGAGGCACUGCGAUUGUUCAUGCGUGCAGCAGAUGAGUUGGGUCUGGUCAGCAGGAAGUCUCUAUGGGGGCAGUUCUGGUCGUCUCACCAGCGCUUCUUCAAAUAUCUCUGUAUUGCUGCCAAGGUCCGCUGCCUGGUGGAGCUGGCCCAAAAAGAGCUGCAGGCUGGAAAGUGCAUUGUCAUCGGGCUGCAGUCUACCGGAGAGUCUCGCACCAGAGAAGUGUUGGAUGAGAAUGACGGGCAUCUAGACAGAUUUGUCUCUGCAGCAGAGGGAGUUUUCCAGUCUCUCGUAACGAAGCAUUUUCCUUCAGAAAAACAGCGGAGAGAGAAGGCACCAGGAAAUAAGAGAAAACGGAAGCCUCGCGGUCGUCAGACCAAGGUACCCAAGCACACAGUGGACAGCAGCGGUGCGAUCACCAUCACUGACGACAGCAGCAGUGACUCGGAUGGCAUGGACACAGACUCCAACUCCUCACCCGACUCCCUGCUGGACAACGACGACGUCAUCUUUGUGAAUCACACGAGCUUUCAGACAGCCCGAAUAGAAGAGAUGAAGCAGACCCUCCUCAAUAAAAUAUCAGAACUGGGAAAAGAACUACCUCUUAAUACAUUGGAUGAGCUCAUUGACAAGUUCGGAGGACCAGAUAAAGUCUCUGAGAUGACUGGUCGCAAAGGUCGCGUGGUGCGGCGUCUUGAUGGCAGCGUGCGCUAUGAGUCCCGGGCUGAGCAAGGCCUCACAAUCGAUCACAUCAACAUCAAGGAGAAAGACCGCUUCAUGAGUGGAGAGAAGUUGGUGGCCAUCAUCUCUGAAGCAGCCAGCUCUGGGAUUUCCCUGCAGGCCGACAAGCGAGUGAAAAACCAGAGGCGAAGGGUCCACAUGACCCUGGAGCUGCCUUGGAGUGCAGACAGAGCUAUUCAGCAGUUUGGUCGAACACAUCGAUCCAAUCAGGUCACAGCCCCAGAGUACAUCUUCCUUAUCUCAGAGCUUGCUGGAGAGAGGCGUUUCGCCUCGAUUGUGGCUAAGAGACUAGAGAGCCUGGGAGCAUUAACCCAUGGAGACAGAAGAGCUACUGAAUCCAGAGAUCUGAGCAAGUACAACUUUGAGAACAAGUAUGGCACCAAGGCUCUUGAUAAAAUCACCAAAGCUAUUCUUGGCCACAUAGAGAACAAGGUGCCCCCUCCUAAAAGCUACCCUGGUGGGGAGGCCAUGUUCUUCAGAGAGAUGAAAAAUGGAAUGAUAGAUGUCGGCAUCUUUUGCAGAGAGUCUCGCUUCGGGAUCAGUACUGAGAAAGACUGCAGCAUCACCAAGUUCCUGAAUCGCAUCCUUGGCCUUGAGGUCCACAAGCAGAAUCAUCUCUUCCAGUACUUCACUGACAACUUUGACUACCUAAUCGAGAAGGACAAGAAGGAGGGCAAAUACGACAUGGGAAUCCUCGACCUCGCACCAGGUAACGAUGAGAUUUAUGAGGAGAAGCAGGAAACUUUCCUGACAGUUGGGAAUCCUCAGGAUGGGCAGGUUGUUCUUUAUAAGAUCAGCGUGGACAGAGGAAUGCCCUGGGAUGAGGCCUACAACAGGUCGCUGAAGGCCACUGGUCCUGAUGAGGGAUUCUACUUGUCCCAAAAGCUGCGAGGGAACCACCCGUGUGUGUUGCUCGCUGAACAAGGACGAGGGAAGAACUUCAUCGUCUACAAGCCCAACAUUGGCAAGCAGACUCACCCAGAGAGCCUCGACAACCUGCAUCAACGAUACCGGAAGGUGACUCCUGAGGAAGCCAGGGACAGCUGGGAGGCGCAGUUCAACUUCUCCUUCAAGAAGUGCAGCCAUGCCAACUGGAAUGGGAAGUGUAAGAAAAUCGAGGAGGGUCAGGAAUGUCUGCAGGGCAUGCGUCUCCGUCAGUACCACAUGCUGUGCGGUGCCUUGCUGCGGGUGUGGAAGCGCGUGUCCGACGUCGUGUCAGACAUCACCAACACCAGCAUCCUGCAAAUCGUGCGCCUUAAAACCAAACAGCAUAACAAGCAAGUUGGCAUCAAGAUCCCAGAGAACUGCGUGGCCCGAGUUCGCGAGGAGCUGCUGCAGAUGGAUGAGGAGGUGAAGAGGAGGCGAAAGGAGAAGGAGCAGCAGGCUGCGGAGCAGCGACUGGCCGAGGAGCGCAUGCGUACUUUGGAGCAGAAUAACAAACACCUCCUGGCAGAUCUGUUCAGCCGGAACCCGGUGCCGAACCAGUCCCUCACUCAGAAUCAUAUCCUCAAACAGAAACUGAACCAAAACGCUCUGCCGGGGCCUGGGAGCAUCUCCCAGCUGCAGAGAAUGCAGCCCCAAAGCCCGUCGGCUUUACAGCACCCCCGACACAACUUGGCCACGUUGCCCUUACAGCGAAACCCCAACCAGGCCCAGCAAAGGACCCAUAAUCCCUGGCUCGAUAACUCCCCCUCAUCAUCUGUCCCCACCCAGAGUCAUCUGACCAACUCAGUCAGCCUUAACUUCUCUCAGUUCUAUCCCCAGAAUUUCCUCCCAACUUUCCAGUUGCCCAAAAACCCGUCGCUCCUCCAGACCGCACCGUCUCCCAGCAUGUCUUCCAAGGAUCCGCUGGAUGAGAUUCUAGACCUGACCGUCAGCUCGCCGUCCCCGUCCCCCGACAGCACCGAGGGUGGGCUGAGUCUGGACAAUCUGAGGGGCAACUCCGCAGCGUUCCCAGACGACUUUAGCCUGGAGCCGCUGAUUCCUCAGAGUGCGACUAAUGCGCAACACGUGCCGCAAAUCCAGCAGCCACUUUUGCUCCAGCAGCAGCAGCAGCAGCAGCAGCAGCAGCAGAGCCACAGCCUGCUGACCAAUAACCACCACCCUGACUUUUUUGAUUUAUUAGACUUACCCCAGUCUCCCCAGGUGCAGACACAGAAAGCCAGCCCCUCAUCCUCUACCUCCUCAGGCUCUUCCUCUACAUCCUCUGCCUCGUCUCUGUCAAACAACAUGGUUCCUAUCUUCUCCAGCCCGCCCUCGUCCUCUUUGUUCUCCAACUCUUCCCCUUGCUUCCCCUCCUCUUUUCUCCUGCCCCAGUCAGACUCGGUUCCAUUACCCAACGGCCACUGCAAUUCGGGCGCUCUUGACGUUCGCGAGGCUCUGAACAGCAUGCUACAGGCCGGCCCGGACCGCAAGUCUGUCAUUCAGUACCGGCAACAAGAAUAAGAGCUCCCUCCGGCGACGGCUCAUCUGGACUCAGUUUAACUUUGAGUAUUUCUGUUGUCUUUUUAAAGCAGAUUGCGUCUUGUUCUGCUGCUGUCUACGAACGCGCCCUCUGGACCUACUCCCUCCCUUCUCAGGGCCUUUAGUCAAAGUCACUGCCUGUCCUGCGCUGGGAUCCUUCCCCCUCCUCUCUCUCUCUCUCUCUCUCUCUCUCUCUCUCUAGUAACCUGUAGCACUCAGUUGCUUGAAGCCGUGUCGAGAAUGGCGGGCUCGAUCAAUAUCAGAUUUGUGCACCAAAGUGUGUCCUCCAUGAUAAAAGGCAGCUGUAAAACAAACAAAAAAAAGAAGUGGGGAAAAAAAAAAACUAUUUUAUCAACAGGUGAGCUGUCGAAACAUAGGCUCUGUCAGUGAGGUGUGGAAAUCUUUACUGAACCUCCCGCUGCUGAUUUUUACGAGGUAAGAUUGGUGAAGUUGCUGGAAGCUCCAAGAUGCCAUUCACCAGUUGGAACGCCACAUGGUUAGACUUUGCUUUUACUGUUACUUUGCUUCAUGGCCAUUUGUCUUGAUACAAAAGGAGAAAAGAAAAACCCUGUAUGAAGACAUAAUUUGAGUGAAACAUGCAUUGAACUGGAAAGACGAGAGAAAAGAUGUGAAAUCUUUCAGCUGAUUUAGCCAUGAAAUGCCUCAGUUUUAUUUACCUUCUUACACGCUCCCUCGUGUUUCUCUCCAUACGCAUACGAACACUAGCGUGAGCUGAAAGGGAGAGGAAGAGCAGUCUGCUGUUGCAAACAGUGCCUUUGGAGAAACCUAUAAAUGCAGUCUUUAAAAAUCCAUGUAGCCUAAUGUAUAGAUUUGUACUCUUGAGCAUUGGUUUUAACUUAAUGGUAUAUUUGUAUUUAACUUCUAGCCCCCCCCCCCCCCCCCCUCCUGUCGGUUGUUGUUUGUGCUACAAUAUGCUGGUGUUGGGUUUCAGGAAAGCGCCUCUGUUCAGCCUGUGUGCGCUGGUGUGAUUAUCUGUGCUGCCGCUCUGAGGUGAAGAGCAACGGACUCGUCCUUUAUCCGUCUCCUUUAAUGUCCCAGGUGAACCGGAAGCGGGCUCAUGUGAUGAAAACAUGAGUAGCGUGGGCGGAAAAAUGGUGUUCACGUAUGUUAUUUCCUCACACACACAAAAACACACCUUAGUAUGGGUUGUUUUUUUUUUUUUUUUCAUCGGACAAAAAGGAAAAAAAAAACAUGUUGGCGAUGUGACUCUUAUUUUUGGAAUUCCUCAGGAAAUCUUGAGUAUUUUUUUCUUGUUAUUAUGUAUGUUUGACCAAGACAGAUAUUACAAUUUGUUCUUUAGUUUUCGACUCAAAUGGCAAAUAAUUUCAGUCAUCACUCAAAGUUCGGAAGAAGAAAAAAACCCUCUUAUGCAUAGGAAAGCAUGGCUUUGUUUGUAGCGGUAAAUUUGUUUUCUGUCUUUCAGUAGACUCCAACAAAUAUCUGACUACAUGUGUGUCCGUUUGAGGCGCUCAGGCCCUAAAAGAAUAAACCCUUCAAAAGACUCAUCAAGCUCACUGUGUAUGAUAGUGCAUAUUUAAAAACCUGUGAGAUGUGGUCUCCUUCGUGUGGAAAAAAAAAGAAGAAAAAAAAAAUCCGUGCACUGUAGUUGGUUUGUGACAAAAAUGCCGGGAGAAGUUCAACUGAUCAAAGAGCAAUAAACCAUAAUCUUAUGUUUGUUUAUCAGACAGAGAAGCCUAAAGUGCUGUGUGUGCGCCGCAGGCAACAGGCUUUGUGGUUACCUUUGCAUGGUAUGAUUAUUUUAUAUAUAUAUAUAUAUACAUAUAUAUAUAUAUACAUGUUGUGCUUCGUAGUUUUUUUUUAGUUGAACACGUUCAAAAAUGCAUACAACCUUCUUUGUAAAGUACGUUAUCACAGGAUGAGCGCAAUGCGUUCUGGAUGUUUUAGUCUUGAUAAAAGUUGUUGUUAUUUAUAUUUAAGGGAUAUUUAGAUCUUAGAAACGUUAUCUUGCUUAUUAUAAUAGUCAACGACAUGUUUGGUCAGGGAAGUUACGAGUUUUCAAACUUGCUAUAAAGACAAAUUCUAUUAUAACCUGCCACCAAAUAAGAUUGCACUGUCCUGUACUGCUGUACAGCGUCUGGAUUUAUUUCUGCUCUGUUCAGUCUUUCUGUUUUUUUUUUUUUUGUUUUGGGUUUUUUUUUGUUGUUGUUGUUUGGGGGUUUAUUUUUCCUUUCUUUCUUUCUUUUUUUUUUCAUUUCUUGAAGCGAUUUGUUUCUCCAGCUUGUAGACCUUCGUCAGGCCUUCAGUUUGCAGAGAGAUACCAAAGUAUUCCACACACACCCCUAAAGUUACUGGCUCUAAGAUAUCAGACCUUUUAUCAAUCUCAGGAAGAAACUUAGCAGAGGUGUAACAGCGGGGCGUUGGCAGAAAUAUAUCAUUUCCCCUUAUAACAGUGGUGAAACUAAUGAAUACAUGUGCUAUUUUUUUCUUAACUCUGUGCUGUGACUCUUGCUGUAUUUAUGUUUUGGACUCAAUGUGAUGGGUUUGUUGUUUGUCUAUGUGAAAAUGUCAGUGAUUUUACAUGUUUAUGCCUUCUUAGGGCAAAGAUGAAAGGCUGUUUCUCUUUUGGAAACUUUUUUUUUUUUUCUUUUUCUGUGGACAGAUUUUGUUUGUGUCGUAGCUGUUGGACAUUUAAUUCACAGUCACGCUGACAUUUUUUUCACAAAGUCGCAGCUCGGUUACGCCGUAUAAUGUGCUCGUCCAGACCUUCACCCCUCUCUGACCUUACACAGAUUCUCACUGAUGCUCUUUUAUUUGUGGCAGAUUUUCCACCACUGCUCCUUUUGCUUUCAAUAUUCCUCAUCAGGCACAUUCCAGGACGUUCAGUCUGCAAGGGUUUCACCUUCAUUUUGUGUUUUACAGUCACUAUAAAAAGCUUUAUGCAACUGAGGGAUAUGGACAAGCAGUUUUAAGGUUUUUUUUUUAAUUAUUAUUUUGUUCCCACCUUUCUUCAUGUUGUCAGGCCUUUAAUCAUUUUAUUAUUUUGCACUAAGAAUGGCAUAAUCGAGUUACUGUUUUCUUGUUGGUUAUGAUUGAGCGUCACACAGCUUGUCGUGUUUCUGUUCUUUGAUGGAUUUUGAUGGCUCUAUGUAUACUGUAACCAUCUCUCUUGUUUCUCCACCAUUUGCAUAUUAUAUAAAUGUUAUCACUCUCAAAUAAUUUAUUGCUAACAAAAAAAAAUAUUGAAACAAAAAACAUGCUACUGAUUGUAUGUAUUUUUAAACAAAGCCUAUUUUUUCUGUAAAAAAAAAAUGUGUUCAGCACUUUUAUUCUGGGUUAUGCUUUUGUUUUCUAUAUAUUUAUAAUUUAGAUCCAAAUGUAUAUAUUGUAAAAUUUGUGCCUUUCAACUAAUUCUUUAAAAAGGUUUUCUACUCAUUAAAGGAAGGACUAUAUGAAAAUGCAAUCUUAACUUUGUAAACAAAUAAAAACUUCAAGAUUGCUGAAA